CUCCGGCGAGGUUGAGAAAAAUGGAGGCAGCGUUGGGACUUCUGAGAAGAAUGCCGCCGAAGCAGUCGGAGACGGCUCUAUCUGCACUUCUAAGUCUCAUUCCUCAACAUUCUUCCGAUCUUCUCUCUCAAGUAGAUCUCCCUCUUCAGGUGUUACGUGAUAUUGAAAGUGGGAAAGAUUUCAUCUUGUGUGAGUAUAAUAGAGAUGCUGAUUCCUACAGGUCUCCUUGGUCAAAUAAAUACCUUCCUCCGCUAGAGGAUGCUCUUUACCCAUCGUCUGAAUUAAGAAAGCUUGAAGUUGAAGCCAAUGAUAUCUUUGCAAUCUACCGUGACCAGUAUUAUGAAGGUGGUAUAUCUUCAGUCUACAUGUGGGAAGAUGAUAAUGAAGGCUUUGUGGCAUGUUUCCUUAUUAAGAAGGAUGGGUCAAAGUCAGGUCAUGGUCGGAGGGGAUGCCUGGAAGAAGGAGCGUGGGAUGCCAUACAUGUUAUACAGGUUGGUCCAGAGGAGGAGGAAAUGGCACAGUAUUGCUUAACAAGUACCAUCAUGCUCUCUCUGACCACUGAUGAUGAGUCUUCAGGCAAAUUCGGCUUAUCUGGAUCAAUUAGAAGACAAAUGAAAAUGGAGUUAGCAGUAGCUGACGGACACCUGUGCAAUAUGGGGAGAAUGAUUGAAGAAUUGGAAGGCAAACUUAGGAACUCGCUUGAUCAGGUUUACUUUGGGAAGACGAGAGAAAUGGUUUGCACAUUGCGUCCACCAGCUGAGAUUGUACAAAUGAGAUUACCUGACACCUGAUGCUCCUCCCAUCACAUUUUCUGUAAGAAGACUUCGAUUUUGUUUUUGUUUUGGUUUGUCUGAUCUUAAACGCUUCUCUGACUGUUUUGUGUGGAUGCCUCUUACUUUACUUUGUUGUUUUUCUCUGACUUCACCAUCAUGUGAUUACCUUUUUCCAUAGAUAUGCAAAGAAAUGAUGCGGCUUUUA